AUGCAAGCUGAGUGGGAGGUUAAAUUGGAGCAGAUGCAAAAGGCCACUGUGGAUCAUAUCUUGCAAAAUCAAAGUGACCUAGUGGAUCAAAUGGUAACAAAAUUGGCUGAGCUUAACCAAGGAAAAGGCAAAGAGAAGAUUUCCUUGACCCGUGAAACAGUUGAAUGUGUGAAGGCACAGGCUAGUUCACAACCAAUUAUAUCGCCCAACAGGAUUCCUGGUCACGAAGUGACAAAAAGAACAAAUAACGAGAUCCCAGAGAAUUUGAAACAAUGGUGUAGAGAAACAUUCCAGGGAAUGAGAGGACAGAGCUCUCACAGAGGGAUGGAUGCAACAGAACUACAACAGGCGUUGGAGGCCAACAACAAAGUAACUGUUGAGGGUAUUGCGAGCUUUUGGGGUGCCAUAUUGGAUAACUAUGUGAAAUUCGUCGGCUGCGAGAAGUUAUCCUAUCUUCAUGAGGUGGAUGAAAUGGAUAAUAUUCGGAAGGCAUUCUUUGCCUACCUAGUCUUCCUACUUGUUACUCAAAAUUAUGAUGGUCGAGAUUUCCCUCGCGUUUCAUUCAGGGGAUAUAAACAAUUUUUCAAAAGAACACUACUUGAGCAAUCAGACUACCUCAAAGACGAUUGCCUCUCUGUUCACUGUAGUGUUGGUGUUGCUAAGUCACAUACAGAGGGUCCUAAGAUCUACUCCAUAGCUGUACCACCUUCAAACAUCAAUCAACUUUUCGGGAAACUACUAGAAAGUGAAAAGGGUACUGAUGUAAGCUUUGAAGUUGACGGGGAAGUCUUUCCUGCCCAUAAAUUGGUACUUGCUGCUCGUUAUCCUGUGUUUAGGGCACAACAUUUUGUACCAAUGAAGGAUCAGAAUACAAAGCAAAUUAAAAUUGAAGAAAUAGAAGCUCUUGUUUUCAAGGUUCAGUGCACUUCCCCCUCCUAUAUUGGACAAAAAACUCAUGCUACUUCUUAUCCUUGA